AUGGCUGCUCGUCUAACACUUUUGCUUAACAGCCUACUCCUCGCCCAAGGCUUCCCCCUCCUCGAAGCAUCCCUCCCUCUCUCGCCCCCUUCACCUCCACCAGCUCUCCCUAUCAUCAAUACAUCGUCCGGACUCAUAACUGGCUUCUCCCUCUCCCCCUACACAAACGUAACCGCCUACCUGGGCAUUCCCUAUGCCGCUCCACCUCUCGACUGCCUCCGUUUUGCACCACCCCAACCUUUCGUGCCAAACGACACCACCACCCCACGGCCCCCAGUACCCAGUCCUAAAGCUUGCAUGCAGCUCACAUUCGACACGCUCCUAAACGACAAGCUCACGCCCACCGCCGAGUCCGAAGACUGCCUGACCCUCAACAUCUGGCUGCCCACCACACACGACGCCUCCAGCUCCUCCCUCCUACCCGUUCUAAUCUGGCUAUACGGGGGCGGCUUCGCCCAAGGCAGCAGCACUCCCACGGACGGCGUGCCCUUCCUCCUCUCCACUCCCUCGCCAACCGACUCUCUCAUCGUCGUCUCCCUCAACUACCGCCUCAACAUCUUCGGCUUCCCCUUCCCCACCGCGAGCAACGGCAACAACAACAACGCCACAACGUCAGAUCCGCCGCGCAACCUCGGCUUACGCGACCAACGCGCCGCCAUCGAGUGGCUGCACGACAACAUCGCCCAAUUCGGCGGCGACCCAGUCCGCAUGACGCUGAUGGGCCAGUCCGCGGGGUCCCAAUCGAUCGCGCACUAUGCCUUCGCGCACGCGACUGAUCCCCUCGUCGCAGGCCUGAUCAUGUGGUCCGGCCAGCCGGAAGGCGGCUUGCUGGACACAGGCAAAGGGUGGGCGCAGACCGUGCAGCGCCUUGGGUGCGACAACAACAGCUCCACCGACGGGGGAGUCGCUCAGGUGACCACCAGCCUGGACCAUGGCGUUGGAAACAACAACACCGCCAACAACACCGCCAACGCCAACGCCAACGCCAACGCCGUCCUCGACUGCAUGCGCCGCCCCGACCUCUCCGCCCCAGCCAUCAAACACGCGCUGCACCCCUCCAACUUCCUCCCCUACUCCGCCUACACCUCAGGCUGGAGCGCCGGCAGCCCCAGCCCGGACAACCUCACCAACUUCGACGCCCGCGCCGGCGCCUACCUCUCGCGCGGCCUCGCCGGCGCCUUCGCCCGUCUCCCCACCUGGAUCCAGCACGUGUCGCACGACGGCGACAACCUCGUCGACUUCGACACUGGCGUCGUGCCGGGAAUCAAUGCGACCGAGGCGGACAUUGUGACGCGGCAGGCUAUGCACUGCCCCGCGUGGCUGCACGCGGGGUUCCGCGUGAAGGCGGGCGUGCCGGUGUGGCGCGGCGUGUAUAAUGGCAGCUUCGGCGGGGUGAGGCCGUAUGAUUGGAUGCGGCCGUUUCAUGGCGCGGACAUAUUGUUGGCGUUCGGGGUGGGAGCGGAGGAAAAAAAGGGGAAGGGGGAGACGACGGUGGCGUGGGGGGAUGUUGGGCCCGAGGCACGUAAGGCGGCGGCGUGGUUGCGCGAGGCCGUAGUGGCUUUCGUAAAGGAUCCGGCGAAGGGGUUGGAGGUGGGGAUGGGGUGGAAGCCGUAUGAGGGUCGGGGAGAGACCUUGGAGGUGCUGUUUGGGGAGGAGGUGGCGGGGGUGCAGGCCAUUAAUGCGACGGAGUUUGAUGCGCCUUGUCGGGAGAUCUGGGGGGACGUGUUUGGUGCGAAGGAGGGGGCGUGA